AUGGCAAAAUUUUUUUCUCGUUUAUUCAGUAGUGGUUCAUCAUUUCGUGGUUCACAAACAUCACUAUCUGAUACUCACAAUCAAAGUAAACUAUCAAGCAAUACCCGUACAGCAUCGUCACUUGAAAAUCUUGCAUCAUAUCAUGUUAUAUCAAAAGAACUUGAAAAAAAUAAAUUACAUAAAGCAGCAUGGGAAGGAAAUCUUAAAAAAGUUCAACGUCUUGCACGACCAGGUCAAAUUAAUGUUAAAGAUCAACAAGCGCGUACUCCAUUACAUUUAGCUGUUGUUAAAGGACAUAUAGACAUAGUCAGAUAUCUUGUUGAUGAAGAUGCAAAAUUAGAUGUUGCUGAUAAUGAACAACGAACACCAUUAAUUAAAGCUGUUCUUAGUGGUAAUCAAAAUAUAAAACGAAAUUAUCAAAUAUGUGAAAUUUUAUUAAAUGGUGGUGCUGAUAAAUUUAUAAAUUCCGUUGAUAAACAUGGAAGAACUGCUUUACAUUAUGCAAUUGAUUUUGCUAAUGAACAUCUUGUUGGUCUUUUUCUUUCAAAUGAAAAUUGUGAUCCUAAUUUCAAAGAUCAUGAUCAAAUGACACCAUUACAUUUAGCAAUAAAACGUAAUAGUACAGCAAUUGUUCAAUUACUUUUAUCGAAUCAACAUGAACAACAAGCUGAUCCAAAUAUUAUUAAUCGUUUUGAACAAACACCAUUACAUUUAGCAGCUAGUGUUGGUUAUGUUGAUAUUAUUCGAUUAUUACUUGUAUCAAAUCUUAAUGAACCAUGUGAUCCAACUAUUGUUGAUUCACAACAAUUAACAGCAUAUGAAUUAGCUAAAAAUAAUCAUCAUGAAAUAUGUGCAAAAUUAAUUGAUGAAUAUCAAGAAAAAUGGUUAAAAAAAACACCACGAAGAUUAUUAUCAACAUCAUUUAAUGAACAAUCAUCACUAAAAGCAACAAAUUCAAUAUCAAUGCAUCCAAAAGCUAAUCUUCAACGUGAAAAUGAUGCAACAAGUGAAGAUUCAUCAUCAAUGUCAACAAAUAAACGAUCAAAAUCUCCACCAAGACGAACACAACGACCAAGUGAUCAAUGGUCAGAUGAUACUGGUAUUUCAGCAAGUGAAACAAAACCUGUUUCACAUGGUUUAACUAAUUUAAUUAAAAAUAAUCCAUUAAAACCUCAUACUAUACAAACAAAUAUAAAAAAUAAUGAAAAUUCUACAUUGAAUAGUCUUGCUGAAAAUAAUCCAUUACAAAUGAAUUCAAAACGACCAGCACCUACAGCUCAACGAACACAAUCGUCAUCUAUCUUUGGUAUUCAACCAGCAUUCAAUCGUAAAGAUAGUGAUAAUACAUCAACAAGUAUAUCAAAUGAAAAAUUACCUAAACAAGUACAACCAAUAUUAGAAAAAAAAUCUAAUAUAUAUGUUAAUACAUUACCACAACAACCAUCACAUACAAAAUCUUGGUCCGAUGAUACAAUAACAGUACCUGCAGCACAAAUAAAAAAAUCAGAACAACAUAGUGAAACAUGGGAUACAUCAACAUCUGAUGAUGAUAAUAUUGUUACAUCUAAACCACAACAUGUAUCAAAUAUUCUACAAAAAACACUUCCUUUUUCACCAUCAAAAGAUGAUGCAAUCGAAUCUGAUAGUGAUAAUAAUUCAGUUGAUACUGAAAUUCAAAAAUUUGACAUAAAUAAACCAUCAAAUGAAACAACAAUACAAAAAUUAGUUAAUAAUAAAAUUGGAAAUGGUUAUAGAGUUAUUGGACUAACGGAAAUUCACUCACCUGUAAGUGAAGAUUCUUCAUGGACAACAACAUCUGCAAAAAUUAAUAAAGAAUCAAUAAAAAAUACAAAAGGUAUUACAAAUUUAAUACAACAAAUGAAAACAGAUGAAUCAACAUGGGAUGAUUCUCAUGUAUUAAGUCAUAGUUUAAAACAAUCAAAAGACUUAUCUAAAGUACAAAUAAAAGAAAUUGAUAAUUUAAUACAACAAAUGAAAACAGAUGAAUCAACAUGGGAUGAUUCUCAUCAAUUAAGUCACAGUUUAAAACAAUCAAAAGGUAUUGAAAAUCUUGUAAAAAUUAUGGAUACAAUUGUACAAACAAAACCAUCAAAACAACCAACAUCAUCGAAUAUAAUCGGUAAACUUAUUACGACUUCCAUGUUUGAACGUGCUGAUUCCAGAGCAUCUGAAAAUACUUUACAUGAAGUAGAUAAUGAUGAAGAUUAUGAACAAAGUUGGAAAAAGAAAAGUGAAGAAUUGCCUGUAACAUCUAUGAAAGAUCAUAAUUCUAAAAAAAUCCAACAUUCAUCAUUACCUUAUGAUAUUAAUAAUUUACAACAUGGUUCAAUAUCAUCGACAAAAUCAUCGUUUAGUGAGAUACAAAUAAAUGAAUUAAAAGAAAAUAUAAAAAAACUUGAACCUAAUCAAGAAGAUACACAAGAAUUAAAACGACAAUUAAAAGAUAUGGAAAAUAAAAAGAAUAAUUUCGAAAAAUUAUAUAAAGAAAAUAAUCAAAUGUUACGUCAAAUUGAAAAUAAAUUAGAACAAGAAAAAAAUGAAAAACAACGUCUAGAAUGGACUACAAAAAAUUUAAAUAUUGAUUUACAAAAUAUUAAACAAAAACUUCAAUUAUUAGAAGAUGAAAAAGAUUUAUUAAAUCAACGUUGUAAUAAAUUAAAAGAAGAACGAGAUAAUCAUGAUGAAAAAUUACGUAUGUUACAUACAAAUAAUUUACAAACAUCAAAUAAAAAUUCCUAUCAUGAUGAUGAUAUUGAUAAAAUACAAAGUCGACAUCGUGAAGAAUUAAAAUUAUUAUCAGCUGAAAAUGAUGAUUUACAUUAUCGUACAAAACAAUUAGAAUCAGAUUUAGAAUUACAUAAAGAAUCACUUGAUGUAACUGUACGUUAUAAAAUUGAUCUUGAAAAAGCUUUAGAAGAAAAAACAUUUUACCAACAUGAAUUAGAUCGUUUAAAACAUGAAAAAGAUCUUAUUGAACAAGAAAAACUUGAAUAUAAAACUAAAUAUGAUAGUUUACAAGAUGAAAUACGUCUUAUACUUUUGGAUCGUUCAAAACUUGAACAAAAAUUAACAAGUGAAUUACAAGAACAUAUGCAAGAAAAACAACGAUCAACAGAUGAUAAACAAAAAUAUCGAAUAGAAAUUGAACAAUUAAAUAUUAAAUUAAAUGAUGCUGAAGCACGUUUACGUGGAUUACAAACACAUAAUGAAGCAUUAUUAGUAUCAAAAGAUCGUGAUAUUAAAAAUGAAUUUGAAUCACUGUCACAUCGUCUUAAUCAAAUUGAAUCAAAUAAAUUAAAUGCUGAACAACGUUAUCAUAAUCAACAUAAUGAAAUCACAAAUAAACAACAACAACAAGUUCUAAAUGAACCAUCUAUUACUCAUGCGUCAACAACAAUAUCAAAUAAUCAUACACAUGAUCAACAUUCACAUUCUUCAUCAUGUAAAAAUUGUAAUGCAGUUCAACGAAGUUAUGAACAAGAACGUGAAUAUCGUUUACAAACUGAAAAAGAUAAUGAACGUUUACGUCAUAGUUUUUCCCAUCAAAAACAAUAUCAAUAUUUCAAUAAAACAUUUCCAUUACAACAACAAAAUAAUGAAAAUUAUUUAAUUGAAAAUUCAAGAAAAAUUCGUUCCGAUACAGAACGUGUUAAAUCUGAACUUAAUCGUUUACGUGAAGAUUUUGAUAAAUUAGUUUCAAAUUAUGAACCAAUAAAUAAUUUUCAACAACAAGUACAUUUACGUUCACAAAUUGAUACAUUUCGUCAAUUUUAUGAAAAUGAAUUUCAACAACGACAAUUACUUAUGUCAAAAUUAACUCCUGAACUUAAAUCAUCAUUAACACAAAAUUAUCAUCAAUUAUCAUCACCACAUUUAAAUCAUAAUCAUUCAUUUAAUGAAACUUGUACAACAUGUACAAAUAGUCGUUUACUUAGAGAACGACUUGAUACUGCUAUUGAUACAAGUUUAGCUGAUCAACGUUUACAAAAAAUAAAACAAAUUCCUUCUAUACCACGACAAGCUUCAUCAUUAUUAACAAUAAAUACUCUUAAUCAUGGUAUGUUAUCAUCUAUUGAACUUUUACGUGAACGUUAUUAUGUUUGA